CCUGGGCUCAGCGCAGCUGCCCAUCGCGCAGCCUCCGGGCAGAUCGGCUCCUCUCGCCGCUUCUGUGCGCCGCUUGGACCACGCGGAGUGCUCGGGAGGGCCGCUCUGUCCCCGGCGCGUCGCAGGCAGACCCCGGGCCGCCGGACUAUUUCUGUCUUAUCAGUGCAGGAAUGCGGCAGCCGCGGCGGCGGCGGCGGCGGCGGCGGCGGCGGGCGGGCGGCGGCGGCGUGGGCCGUGGGCCGUCAGGGCAGCCCUGAAGGGGCCCCCUCCCCACUCCGCUCGAGUAGAAGUGUGAGAGAGCCCAGCAGGACUCAGAGGGGAGAGUUGGAGGAAAAAAAAGGCAGAAAAGGGAAAGAAAGAGGAAGAGAGAGAGAGUGAGAGGAGCCGCUGAGCCCACCCCGAUGGCCGCGGACGAAGUUGCCGGAGGGGCGCGCAAAGCCACGAAAAGCAAACUUUUUGAGUUUCUGGUCCAUGGGGUGCGCCCCGGGAUGCCGUCUGGAGCCCGAAUGCCCCACCAGGGGGCGCCCAUGGGCCCCCCGGGCUCCCCGUACAUGGGCAGCCCCGCGGUACGACCCGGCCUGGCCCCUGCGGGCAUGGAGCCCGCCCGCAAGCGAGCAGCGCCCCCGCCCGGGCAGAGCCAAGCACAGGGCCAGGGCCAGCCCGUGCCCACCGCCCCAGCGCGGAGCCGCAGUGCCAAGAGGAGGAAGAUGGCUGACAAAAUCCUCCCUCAAAGGAUUCGGGAGCUGGUCCCCGAGUCCCAGGCUUACAUGGACCUCCUAGCAUUUGAGAGGAAACUGGAUCAAACCAUCAUGCGGAAGCGGGUGGACAUCCAGGAGGCCCUGAAGAGGCCCAUGAAGCAAAAGCGAAAGCUGCGCCUUUAUAUCUCCAAUACUUUUAACCCUGCGAAGCCCGAUGCCGAAGAUUCUGAUGGCAGCAUUGCCUCCUGGGAGCUGCGGGUAGAGGGGAAGCUCUUGGAUGAUCCCAGUAAGCAGAAGAGGAAGUUUUCUUCCUUCUUCAAGAGUUUGGUCAUUGAGUUGGACAAAGACCUUUAUGGCCCCGACAACCACCUUGUUGAGUGGCACCGGACACCAACAACCCAGGAGACAGAUGGGUUCCAAGUGAAGAGACCAGGGGACUUAAGUGUGCGCUGCACCCUGCUCCUGAUGCUGGACUAUCAGCCUCCCCAGUUCAAACUGGACCCCCGCUUAGCCAGGCUGCUGGGAUUGCAUACACAGAGCCGCUCAGCCAUUGUCCAGGCACUGUGGCAGUAUGUGAAGACCAACAGGCUACAGGACUCCCAUGACAAGGAAUACAUCAAUGGAGACAAGUAUUUCCAGCAGAUUUUUGACUGUCCCCGCCUGAAGUUUUCUGAGAUUCCCCAGCGCCUCACAGCCCUGCUGCUGCCCCCUGACCCAAUUGUGAUCAACCAUGUCAUCAGCGUGGACCCAUCAGACCAGAAGAAGACAGCGUGCUAUGACAUUGACGUGGAGGUGGAGGAACCACUGAAGGGGCAGAUGAGCAGCUUCCUCCUGUCCACGGCCAACCAGCAGGAGAUCAGUGCUCUGGACAGUAAGAUCCAUGAGACGAUUGAGUCCAUAAACCAGCUCAAGAUCCAGAGGGACUUCAUGCUAAGUUUCUCCAGAGACCCCAAAGGCUAUGUCCAAGACCUGCUCCGCUCCCAGAGCCGUGAUCUCAAGGUGAUGACAGAUGUGGCCGGUAACCCUGAGGAAGAACGCAGGGCUGAGUUCUACCACCAGCCCUGGUCCCAGGAAGCCGUCAGCCGCUACUUCUACUGUAAGAUCCAGCAGCGCAGGCAGGAGCUGGAGCAGUCGCUGGUCGUGCGCAACACCUAGGAGCCCGUGAACAAGCAUCACUGUGGACCAGCCACCCCGCCCAGCACAGGCCCUGGGCUCUGGACUCCCUCUCCCGCGCUGCGCUGAGGGUGGGGAGGGCUGGAUUAAAGGUCACUUAUCAGACA